CUGGAUUUUGUUCAGGUACAUGGCACAGUGUUCGGUCGGCAGUUGCACUCAUUACCGUUCGUGCGAACAAACAAUUCAACGACGAUAACAGUGUUCCGAAGGCCCACGAAUGCGUUCAAGGCGGAUGACGAUUAUCCACCACGGAAGGAUCGCCUGUUCAUUUAUUUGGCACCGUUAUUUCACUGGAAAACGCAACCGGCAUCUGUGUUCAGUCACGCAAUGCCUUGUGAAAAGCUGCGAAUCUGCCUGGAAUACACGGCCACGGAGAUCACCAAAGACCGAUGUUUGUUCAGUUAA